AUGUUAGACUCGACAUACGCAUCGUCUCCUAAGACACUAACACCAGAUGCCCGAGUGAAAAAGGAACGUAGUAUCUCGCCCCCGUACGUGCCACAACGGAAACUGGUAACAUCAGGCUCAAAAUUCUACUCCGACAUACCUACCAAUUGCCGCAAGCCAUACCCAGGCUACAAGGGCCACCGGGAAUCAUGGGCGAAGCGCGAGGUCGAAGCGCUUGUGAACAGAGGUUUGACCAUUGUUCGCCAAUUUUUCAGAGACGAUGGGAUGGUUAUUGACUGGGAGAGCACGAAGUCAGUGUGGAACGACACAUUGGAACCUGAUCAGUACGAUCUAGCUAGCACUAUCCAACGUGCUCAUGCGAUGAAUCACACCGAGUACCUCUCCACCCUCUCUCAAAAACGAAAGCGACCAUUGAAUUCUCCCCCUCAGCCGCUUAGGCGAUCCCUUCCUCCUUCUCAGCCCGCCAUAAGCGAAACCUCAAGACAGCCUAUUCCUACGGCUAGUCCACUACAACCGCGUGCGUUGCCUCCAGAUUCCGUGGUAUGGUUCGGGAAUGGGCCACCGCUAGAUUCACAGAGGCUUAUGAGGCCCAUCAGGAGCGAACUAUCCGCAUCUCCAACUCGACUGAUGCAGACAAUUGGGUCACCAUCUUCCCUGCUACAGCCUUCGCGAUCUACGAUGUUGCCGAGCGCUUACCGUGAAAAGGGUCUUUCUCGUGUCCAGUCCAUUCGAGAUGCUCUUGCAGUUGUACAGUCCCCAGAUCACUUCGAAGAGAGAGCGCCGCACCCGAGUAGCUUAUUAACACCUGCACUUAGCGUGUCCCUACCAACCGCUGUUAGCGAUCUUUCCCGAAAGGCAGGCUCGCACUUUGAACAACCGACCUUUGAUCCAGGAGAGGAUGAGAGAUCGCCUCACAAGUCGACGACACCCUCACAAUCUCCACUGGACGUCCUCGACAAUGACACUCAAACUGAGACACGGAUGUUGGUUAACAGUCAUCCUACCGUGGCUCAGAACACUCCACACAUAUCCCCCGUACCUCAGACUUCCUCACCUACUAUCACACCCCCUGGGCCGGAUCAGCAGUCAUGUAACGAUUUUGGUUCCUCCGAAGAUUGGCCUGAAGAUGAAAAAGAAACUGCAAGGCUAGAGACCGCCGCAGUGGAAUACCUGAGAACCUAUAUCAUAGAAUUCGAGAAAGAUCGCUCGAGCCUCGCAAGUGCAUACUCGCACGAUGCGACCUUCACAUAUCGACAUACAAGGGCCCCCAAGUCCGUCACGCGAGACCCAAAACAUGCACCAUCAGAAGGGACCCAGCCUCCUUCCGACCCAUCUAUAGGAGUUUCAUCUCCAAUUCGACUAAGACAAACUCGCCUCGAGGUCGUUUUAGGACUCCUUGCUCUAGAGUCGCACAAAUUUUCCUCUUCAUCUCCUAUCACUGUCGACCAUAGCGUUGUCUAUCUUGGAAAGCGAAUGGGUGUUCUACUCAUAGCCCACUGCUCGUUUGGAACCACGGAUGUGCCUUCCAAGCCCAUUAGGCAUAUCACGAUGAACUUUGUGCUUCAAGAGAAAGUACACGAGGAAGGUUCAACGGAUAGGCUGUGGCCCCUUGUAGCAGUGGCCCAUCAAAUGAUGGAAUGGGACCUUGUAUAAUCCGAUUCGCUCAAAGUGAAGAUCAAUCAUCACUGACAUCCUCUGCUGGCCCUUGUAUUGUUUGGUAGUGCUGUACUAGUCUAUUGCAUCGUGAAUCCCGUUCCACGGGAGCGUCUCGUGCGACAUAUGUUAUCUGUUUGAUCUUUCAAUAGUAUAGCUCAGCAGUCAGUGUACGCUUUGGGGGCGAACGAUGAUUUCUGCGAACUU